GUCACCACUCACCAAUUUGUCGGUAUGGGAGUACCUUAUUCUGCUAUUGAUGCUGGAGAUUGAAGCAAGGGGAACACCAUACACCAAGGAUGAAAGCCUCAAGCUCGUGUUUGUAUUGCCGAAAAUAAGGUCAAUUAAAUUGCAUUUGGUGGAGGAAAUUGAUGGAGUGUUUUACCUCCUCCGUGUCUGACUUUGGAAAAGAUUUGCUGCGGAGAGCAGUAAAUGAAAUAAGGUAUCCUUGCUGCUUCAACAAUUUUGUUGAAGACCUUCGAAAGAAGGAAGACAACUUGAUCAGCACAAGAAAUAGCGUAGAAGACCGUGCUAAACAUGUCACGAAACAAGCAAUGAAGAGUGCUGAAGUUUUGGAUGAGUGGUUGAAGGAAGCUAAGACAGAAAUAAACAAUGGGGAGGAGUUACUUAUAGAAGCACGGACAAACAAGAAGUGGUGUUUUGGGCGUUGUCCUAAUUGGUUUUGGCGAUACAAUCGGGGCAAGAAGUUAGCACAGAAAAAAGUGGACAUUGAAAAAUGUAUUGAAGAAGGUAGUAAGUAUAUACAACUUGAACGCGUUGCUACACUUCCGUCGGCAACGCAACAUUUUCCUUCAGAAAAAUGUUUGGAGUUUGAUAGUAGGCAAUCUGCUUAUACGCAACUUAUGGAGGCAGUGAAAGAUGAUAAGGUUACCUUGAUUGGAUUAUAUGGGAUGGGGGGUUGUGGGAAAACCACAUUGGCGAUGCAAGUUUGCAAGAAAGCAGAGUCAGAGCAUCUUUUUGACAAAGUGCUUUUUGUGCCUGUGUCUAGCACUGUAGAUGUGGGAAGGAUCCAAGAUAAAAUUGCAAGCUCAUUGUCGUUCCCAUUUCCAGAAAGUGAAGAAAGGGAGAAAGCUCGACGCUUGCACACGAGAUUAACUCAAGAAAAGAGGACUCUUCUAAUUCUGGAUGAUGUUUGGGAAAGGCUUGAUUUUGGAGUCAUAGGGAUUCCCUCAGGUAAAGAUCACUUAGGUUGCAAGGUUCUCAUUACCACACGAUCUGUAGACGUUUGUAAUUUGAUGGAUUGUAAACCAAAGAUUCCACUAUCAAUCUUAACCAAUGAAGAAGCGUGGACUCUUUUUCAAAAGGAAGCAUGCAUAUGUGAAGCCACAUCUGAUACCAUAAAGGAUUUGGCAAGAUUAAUUUCAGAAGAAUGUCUAGGACUGCCUGUUGCUAUUGCUGCUUUGGCUGCCACUUUGAAAGGCAAGGAUGAAACGAACUGGAAUGUUGCUUUGCAUAGAUUGAAAAAUUCAAUAGCAGUAAAUAUUGAAGAAGGUUUGCAGAAUCCUUACAAGUGCCUCCAACUAAGCUAUGAUAAUUUAAACAUCAAGGAAGCCAAGUCACUCUUCUUGUUGUGUUCUGUGUUCCCCGAAGAUUACGAAAUUCCACUUGAAUUUUUAACCAGAUGUGCAAUAGGGCUAGGCUUAGUUGGAGAAGUUCACUCGUAUGAAGUGGCAAGGAACGAAGUGAGUGUUGCAAAAAAUAAGCUCAAUAGUUCUUGUUUGUUGUUAGAUGUAGAUGCUAAAGUAGGAGAAUGUGUCAAAAUGCACGACUUAGUUCGUGAUGUAGCCCACUGGAUCGCAGAGAAUGAUAAAAAAGUGAUCAAGUGUGCUUUGGGAGUGAAUGUGAAUGUGCAUUCCAACUCAUUAAGAUAUCUAUGGUGUAAUGAAGUCCCAGAUCAAUUGGAUUGUUCCAAUCUCGAGUUCCUACGCAUAGGCACAAAAUUGGAAGUAAGUGAUGAGAUUUUCAAAGGAAUGGGAAAGCUCAGAGUUCUGAUUCUUGUCAAUGAACAGGCGAGACGGCCAUUGCCAGCGAUGUUGUUCAAAUCGUUGAUCAAUCUUCGUUAUCUACUCCUUCAUGGUUGGGAAUUGAGUGACAUCUUAUUUGAAGAAGAUAUAAAGACACUUGAAAAUCUUAAGUUGACGAGUUGUUCAAUCCUUGAAUUUUCAAAUGUUGAUGCAGUUAUACAACUAUUGACAAAGUUGAGAUUGUUAGAGUUAUAUAAAUGUGAUAUGAAAAUGAAUAAUUUUGAAGUGAUUGGAAGACUCCCACGGCUGGAAGAAUUGUACAUCGUUGAUGAGAGGUCUAAAUGGGAUGUUUACAAUGAAAACACUGUUGAAUUCUUUAACAAGUUUAGUGUCCCCCAAACACUGCAAAGUUAUGCAAUAAAAUUAGGAGCCCUGCAUAAAAAAUAUGAUAUGAGAUAUUUUUUCACUCAUCGCAGAACUUUAUUGCUUGGUUGCUAUCAAAAACCAAACGAGGCAAUUAAAGGUUUGGCAAAAAAAGCAGAAGUUCUGUAUUUAGCAAAGAUUGAGGGAGGCCAGAGAAAUAUUGUACCUGAUGUAUUUAAAGGAGGAGAAGAUAUCAGUGAGCUUGGGAUCAGAAAUUCUAAGGAGAUAGAGUGUUUGGUUGACAAUAGAAAUCAUUCGAGUGAGUUAGUAAAUCUCUUCUCCAAGUUGGUUACCCUGAGAAUUGAGAGGAUGGAGCAUUUCAGAGCUUUAUGGUGCGGUCGUUUGCCUUCCAGUGACUCUUUCCAGAAAUUAGGGCAGCUAUAUUUAUGUGGUUGUCCACAGCUGACAUCUCUUUUCACACCUAUGAUUGCUCGAAUUCUGGUACAAUUGGAGAAAUUAGAAGUAUUAGAAUGUGAUGGACUGAAGCAUGUACUGGCAGAUGAUGACAAAAGCGAGAUUAGAUCAGAUGACCACAACUUGAUGUUCUCCAAAUUAAAAUGGCUCAAAAUCGAGCAGUGCGAGCAAUUAGAAUAUGUAAUUCCAAUCACUUUUGCUCAGAAUCUUGUCCAAUUGGAGGAUUUGCUAAUUGAGGCGUGUGGUGAGUUGAAAUGGAUGUUCGGUGAAUAUAUGCAUGAAGAUCAGCUGGUCGAUCAAAAUCAAAAUGAACUUAAAAUUGAGUUUCGUGCCUUGAAAAACCUCGAAGUUAGAAGUUGCGCCAAUUUAAAAUAUAUAAUCCCCGUCACUUCUGCUGAGAGCCUUGUUCAAUUACAGAGUUUGGAAAUUCAUCGUUGUGAGAAGUUGAAAUACAUAUUCGACCAGUGCACACAUGGAGAUCAUCUAGCUGAUCAGAGUAAAAAUUGUUUCAAGAUCGACCUUUCUUCACUGAAACACCUCGAAGUCUGGGAUUGUUACCAGCUGGAAUAUAUUUUUCCAUUCAUUUCUCCUCGAAGCCUUCAACAACUAGAGAGUUUGAACAUUCAGGAUUGUGGUAAGUUAAAGUACAUAUUCAAACAAUGCACAGAUGGAGAUCAUCAGUUAGCCAUUGAGAGUCAAAAUGAACUCAGGAUCGAGCUUUUUGCCUUGAACCAGCUCGAAGUCGAGAGUUGCAACCAGCUCGAAUAUGUAAUCCCAGUCAUUUAUGCUCAGAAUCUUCGACAACUUGAGAGUUUGUCAAUUCAUGAUUGUCGCGAGUUGAAAUACAUAUUUGGUCAAAAUAUACAUGAAAAUCAGUUGAUUGAUCAAAAUCAAAAUAAACUCAAGAUCGAAUUUCCUGCAGUAAGACAGCUUGACCUUUCUGAGUUGCGAAAUAUAAUUAGCAUCUUCCCAGAAAAUUAUGAUCCAUCGUGGCCAUCUCUUCGUGACUUUACUCUGUAUUCUUGUCCAGAGUUUGACACGACACCGGUCAAAGCUGGGCUGUUGGGGGAGAAACCGAAUAACACUAGCGCAAAGGACAUACGAGAUAUUGAGAAGCAUUUCCUCACUUUGGAAACUCUAAAACUACGGGACUCCAAAUUAGAAGGUAUUUUUAAUCUCAAUGGACUUGAGAUCAUUGGAAAACCAGUGAGCUUUGGGUUACAAUUCCUGUAUUUGAACGAUCUACCUCAGAUGACGUAUGUUUGUGCGGCAUCCAAAAUUUCUCUUACCUUUGAAAAUCUUACAAGAGUGGUAAUAAAGAGAUGUGCAAAAUCGGAAGUAAUCUUUCCAGCUUCCGUGAUAAGAUACUUACCAGAGUUGAAGCGUCUAGAGAUACACCGAUGCGAGGAAUUAAAGGAGAUCAUUGAAGAGGAUGCAGAGAAUCACAAAUUGUCAAAUCUUCAUUCUCCACAGCCACAGCCACAGGCAUGCUUCCCAAAGUUAGAAAUGCUUGUCGUCCAACAAUGCCACAAGUUGAAACAUUUAAUCCCAGUCUCCGUAUCUAAUGAUCUUCCAAACCUAAAGGUUCUCAUCAUAAACGAAGCCUCUGAACUAGAAGAACUAUUCAGAUGUGAGCACGCACAAGGUGGCGAGAAAGGAAGGAUGAAAGUUGUGCUUCCAAAACUGAAACCUGUAAUAUUUAUACAACUGCCAAGCCUUUGCCAAGGGUCUGAAUUGCAAACUGUAAGGCAUCGUUUUGUCCAAAAUUGUAAUCCAGAACUCUCUUUGACUUCAACUACUACUCUUCAGCAGCUCAUGGACAAAAUCAGGGGCGGAGGUAAAGACUUGGAAUUAGAAAUGGUUGCCCGAUGGGAUUUGAAAUGGAUAGUUUAUGAUAUGAUUGAAUCAGCUGAAGCCUCUAUAGCAGGAGAUAUUGGAGUGGAAAAUCCUACUGAGGAAGCCAUUACAGACUUUCCAGUUGUCCCUGAAUCUCCACUAGCCUCAGGAAAUGAGUUGCCUUCUUCACAGGUUAUUGAAGAAUCAACUAAGAAAUUUAUUGGGGAAGUUCCCGCUUCAGAGAUACCGGCUACAGCAACUUUACCAACAAAUUUUGAACUGAUUGACAGGCCAUCUCCAAGUCUCAUGGAUAUUCAACAACAUAAACCACACUCGCAAGAGUUGGUGGAUGGACAAUCAAUGAGUGAACCUUGUUUGAAGAACCAACUAAAGCCAUUUGGAGAAAUUGAAAGUACUGCUGAAAUUCCUCAGAGUAUAAAGAGAGGUGUUGAAAAGGGAACUACAUCAGAUAAUGCCAUUAUAGUUACUUCAUCAACUCAUUCAGAAUCAGCUAGCUCCCAGUCAGUCUCAUUAGACGCAUGUCAGCGGAAAUCACAUGCACAUGAGUGGGAUUCUAUGCCAGAAACCACUUCUCAACUUCAAUUGAACCAUGAAGAUCCAGCAACAUCCGUAAUUGAGCAGCCUUCUUCGCAAAUCAAUGGGACCAAUCAGUCUAUACUGAGUAACUUAGCUGGAACGGUACAUGAACACAACCAAAUUGAAAGCGGUGCAACUGCAUCUGGAUCAUAUGAGUUCCCUGAAUCAGAGAAAGAAUUCAAAGGGACACCUCACUUACAAUCGUUGGAGCAGAAAUUGUCACCCAUUUCUUUGCCAAACUUGACUGAGAGUAUUAAUGAAACAGAGACAGCCAUUAUUGGGAAAGAUCCGGCAUCAGUCACAUCAAUAAUACCAGCAUCUGGAUCGGAACUAAGAAGGCCAUCUCCAACAUCAUUAACAGCUCCUCUAUGUAAAAUGCCUUUGCAUAAGAAGGUGGAUCGUGAACCAAGUUUUCUAGACAAACAACAUGCGCUUGGAGAAACAAUAAGUGUUGGGGACACAGUAAAACAAAUCGUUCAAGCAGGGUCUACACCAGAGGAAGCUAUGAAAGCAACUUUGUCAGCUGGUACUGAAGGUGAUGGAAUGAGUACAUUGGUUGUAACUGACAUCAGUGCUACUGGCAGAGAUAUCCAUGCACCAGAAGAUGACAACAGCAUUGAGGCUCCUCCUCCAGGAGAUUCUGCAGAUAGCCAUUCAUCGAUCAUUGGGGAAUUGGGAGCAUAUAAGCACCUUGUUGAUCUGGAUGAUCCACAAAUUGCUCUGCUGGCGGAGUUAUUUGCAGUACAUCCUCAUCUUCGGAAUGUUUGUCAGAAGUUAAGUGAGAGGUUUCAAGCUUGGAUAUUGAAAACUUUGGCAGAUAUGCUGUUGUUCCUUCAAAAUGAAAGUGCAGUUAGUGUUACUUCUCAGCGAAAAGAGGAGUUCCUUAUACUAUGCAAUGAUGCCGUCCAACUUGGAAUCGAGAGGUCAUGGGUUGAUGAUAUGCGUCAACGUGUUAUGGUCAGGGAUACUGGGGUGGACCAUGCACAGGCACGACUCACUGAGCUUCUCAAGAGGCAGGAUCAGCUAACUCAGGAACUUUGCAAGAUAAAGGGCGAAAUUAACAGUCUUAAUGACUUUGUUGAUUCCAAGAAGAAAUGUUUUGGUUUUCUGUGAUUUGGGUUUUCCACACUGUUCAUUUUUUCAUUCUCCACAUUUGAAAUACUCUUUGGUGUGUUAUUUGCAAUGCUGCUUCUAAAAAUGGAACAUGAAGUUUCUGGUUUUGCUUAUAUUGAGUGUUUCUUUGGCUGUUGGCACAAGUAAAGCUAUUUAUUUACCCCACC